UAUGAGGGAAAUGUUCAGAGAUUUUGUAGGAAAGCAGAGGCAGUGUCCCUUCAAGGGAGUAAGCGACGCUCAUCACAUGUCAUAUAAGCGUUUCAGGAGGCGGAUCAUCCAGAGGAGCAGCAGAGAGGGACCUGCUGUGAGCACACCUCUGGCCACUGAGUGGCAGUGUGAGCUAAGUUUUGAGUUUGAUACAGUCUGUCAGAGACUGGAGCUGGAUUCACCACCGAGACACCGUGAACCGGUCCAGACAGUCCUCCAGGGAAAUCCCCCAGAGACAGCGCUGGAAGAAGGCAUGUCCCACUGUGGGGCUGUCAAAACACAGAGCACACCGCCCACCAUCUCUGCCAGGAGACGACCUGUGGAAAAUCCUCCAGAACAGGGAUUGGUGUGGAGAGCUGCAGAGCAAGAACACAGCAGUGAACAACAGACUGGUUCUGAUGAGGGAAGACAUGAUUUGCAGCCAUUUGCCAUCUUGGACAAAGCUGCUGUGAGUCUGCAGGGGAAGACAGUGAUGAAGCUGGCAGCACCGUCACUGCUCAACGACUACUACACUAAUGUUCUUGACUGCAGUUGUAAUGGUGUGAUUGCAUUAGCACUGGGCUCUUCUGUUUACCUCUGGAAUUCAGAGACUCGUGCUCUGGCGGGACGUCUGGACCCGAACCAGCAGACGGGACAACCACACCGUCAGUCUGUCUCGUCUCUGCGCUGGAGCAGAGAUGGCAGAGCUCUCUGCAUAGGCACCAGGCGAGGAGAGAUACAGUUGUGGGAUGUUGAAAAAAAGCAGAAUAUGAGGUGUCUACCAUCACACCUAUCUGUGGUCAGAGCGCUUUCCUGGAAACAGCAGCUACUCAGCAGUGGCUCUGUUCUCGGACGCAUCCAUCACCUCGACCCUCGGGCUCCCGCACCUCUGGUGGGUGCAGCCAUCCAGAAGGAGGCUAUCUGCAGCCUUCAGUGGUCACCGGGAGAUGACCGGCUGGCCAGCGGCUCCGCAGACGGCCUCCUGCAUAUAUGGGACAGUGACGUUGCAGGGGUCACAAGGUCAAAACAGCCUAUCACUACGAUGAAACAGCCCAGUGCUGUUAAGGCCAUGGGGUGGUGUCCGUGGCAGGGAAAGAUGAUCACUACAGGAGGGGGAUGGAAGGACAGAGAGAUGAGAAUCUGGGACACACAAUCAGGGACUUGUGUAACCUCUGCCAACACAAACUCACAGAUCUGCUCUCUACGAUGGGCUGAGAGGAAGAGAUAUCUGGUCACAGGUCACGGCCUUCCUCAUCACCAAGUCUCAACCUGGGAGUUUCCCUCCCUCAACCCAGUGCACAAGCUCACAGGUCAUUCUCAUCGAGUCCUGCACUUGGCCUUAAACCCUGACGGCACUCAGAUUUUCUCUGCUGGAGCCGACCAGCGCUUUCAUAUCUGGGACCUUUAAUCAUCAGCAUCACUUGACAUGGAUGGUGAAUGUUGUUGACAUCUGGUCAGACCUGUCUUAGACUUAUGUUCACAUGCAUGUUGCUCACUUUCUUGGUAAUGGCUCUGCCAGAACAUUUCCUCUCCUCUACUCUGAACUAACCACAUCACCAAGCCAAUUUACCACCAGGUCAAACCUACUGUUGCACUAAAACUCAGUUCACACACCACAAUCUAAAGGUUUCUGUGGCUCCUUCAGGGUAAAUAUAAUAAUUAUUUACUUAUAUAGCAUUUACAUUCCAGUGCUGAGAGAGCAUAAAAACAAUCACACCUAAAAACAGCAUAAAUAGACAGUCGAGUACAUAUAAAACCAAAUAUAAUGUAAAAAUACAUACAAAAACAGAUAAUAACAGAUUAUAAUAACAGAUAAUCUGGUGGUAACAGUUGUGUAAUGCCAACAAAUAUAUCUAGUGGUCAGAUAAGAGGGAAGUCUAUAAAGAUGUGCUUUAAGGCAUGAUUUAAAAGCCAAGACAGUGACAGCAGAUCAAAUGUUAACUGGAGGAAUUAACCGGUGCCAGCAGCAGCCUAUGGAUGGUAAGCAGUAAAAAAAUUCUGGUGCUCUGGCACCUGGUCCUGUAAAACUUAGUAAACAGUAUAAUGAGUAGUUAAAAACAGACUGUAAAAGAAAUUAGUAAUCAGCACAAAGCAGCCAGACUUGGUGUGUGUCAUUGUUGAAGUUGUCUUUUUGCAAGGAACCUCACACUGAAAUCAAAUAUUUCAGACAUGAGACCAAUUACCAUUUAUUUACUCUAAGAAUGAUUCAUGUAAUUUGUAAAAUGAUGUUAAUGUUUUGUUUUGUACCUUAAAGUAAUGUCCUGAGAUGUUUAACCCAAUAAACAUUGU